GAGAAUGCAUUUUUGAAGUUAAAAUAACUGCGUAUGAUAAACGUUACAUGCACAGGUGCAGCGCAAUAAAAUCUGCACAUAACACUGAUCGGGAACUCUUCAAGAAUGUGUGACAGGAUUACAGCAUUGAAGUUUGUCGGGUUUGCAGUGGGUCUUGCCGCCAAAUUUGUCACCGGAUCUAUUUUUGUAUUUAAUUCUUACCAAGAUGCCAUCAAGUAUAAUUUCAACUACACACAAACAGAAGUGGAGUUGCUGUCCUCCAUGCUUAAUGUGGGUCUGGGCGUUGGCUUCAUCCCCGGGAUGUUCUACGACCGUUUCGGGCCCGCUAUGACCUCAGGGGCGGGGCUUAUCGUCUCUGUGCCCGUGUACCUGUUAAUGUGGAGCACCGUCAAGUACGCAGAGUUCUACAGCAAACGAGUUUGGCUGAUGGCUAUAUACUUUCUUCUUGCAGGGUUUGGAUCGGUGUUCACCUACAUGGUCGCUCUGAAUACAAACGUCAUUAACUUCUCGGCUAAGCAUACGGGCAAGGUCGUUGGCUUUCUAAACGCGUUCUUCGCCGGGAGUCCAUCAGUCUUCGGUACCCUUUUCUAUAGAGUGUUUACCCACGGGGACUCAACUGAUCCAGCCAAUCAGGAUUUUGCAGGUUUCAUGCUUUUCUUUGCAAUUCUCUUCGGAAUUGUGAAUAUUCUGUGCAUGUUUUUUCUACGAAUCUACGUCAUUAAAGAUAUUAGAGAUGACGUCACUAUAAAGUAUAUUAAGAACUCAAAUGGAGACGUCAUCGAUGACAUCACUUCUGUUGUAAAUGGACAACCUUCUAACGGCAUUUUAGUCACUGAAGAAACAACGUUAAAGGCAGAAAACGCUGAGGAGGGGGUUCCAAUGACGUUGAUGUCGACUUUACGCCGCCUAGAUUUUCAAAUAUUUUCUUGGAUGUUUGCGUUCGCUUCAAGUGUUGGACUUGUCUAUGGUAACAAUAUAACAGUGACAUCCAAAUCAGUUGGUCUAGACUACUACAAUGACCGUCUUGUUAUAAUAAUCCCGAUUACCAACGCCAUUGUAAGCGCUUUCAUUGGAGUUAUUUCAGACAUGUUUAAGGACAGAAUACCUCGACAAGCUAUCGUGACCCUCGCGUGUCUUACAUUAAUUGUCGCGCAAGCUCUAGUUAUAACAUUAGCUGACACUCUAAGUGUAUUCGUAACUGCAACAGUUUUGGCUGGGUUCGGCAUCGGUAUAAUAUGGAGCCUGUGUCCAACGAUCAUGAAAGAAAUGUUUUCGGUUGAACAUCUGGGUAGAAACUGGGGAAUAGCUUUACUUAUUGCAGCACUACUCGCGUUUGCUUCACAGGAGGUCUUCGGGACUCUUUACGAUAUAAAGAUACCCGAAGGGGAUGGGAAUUAUUGCUACGGAAUGGCUUGCAUACGGGGAGGUUAUGGGGUGUUUCUGGGGGUGGCGGUGCUCGCUCUAUUAAUGGGAUUGACACUACUGCUGAUGCGUCGAUGUUGGAGAAAAGCGGCAUAAAAGUCUGUAAUGAAAGCUGCCCAAUUGAACAUUAUAUAUAUUUCAAGGUGGUCCUUUCGCUAUUAAUGGGAUUGGCACAACUGUUGAUGCGUCAAUGUUGGAGAAAAUCGGCUCUAAUGAAAGCUGCUUAAUUUAACAUCAUAUGUCAAAUCAUAUUACGUAAUGGGUAUGGACGUAUCCAGAAACGUUUUAAAAGGGAUUUCCGACAUAUAUAUUUUACAUUGUAUUAUAUUUCUGAUGUAUUUUGCCAGUUGUAAGCUAAAGUUUUCCUCAGCUACCAAAUUCAAUUAUGAAGUAUUUUGUUGUGUUUAAUCUGUGCUUUAAUUACUGGAAAACCUACAAAAAUAGUUUUAUUAUAAUGGAUAUGACAAUGAUGACGUUUGGGAGAAAAUUUACAAGCUCCGAAUGGAAUAUAAACUAUUGUUUCCGGCACACUACAAAAAGUGAUGUUUUAACGUUAUUUUAUCACUUAAAAAUUGUAAAUUCAAAUGUUGUAGUUCUAUUCUGUACCAU